CCCCGCCCCUCCCGAGACCCCGCCCCCUUGUCUUGUUAGUUGUCGUUCAGUUCGUAUCGUUUAAUUAUUAACUGACUUUGAUUAUGUAACUCAUUCAGCGUUUCUCUGGACUGGCUUCAGACACUAAUACAGCAUGUUAGUCUCCACACCGAAAACUGCGAGGAUUGAAGGAGGUCAAGACUGAAGACACCGAAACAAACAUGACGCUAAAGGACGAGGUUAAACGCGCGAGACUCAUGAAGUUUGCUUCCGCCGCGUUUUACGCCUUUUGCUCGUUUUUUAUCAUCGUGGUCAAUAAAAAUAUAUUAACUGAGCACAAGUUUCCCUCGUUUAUGUUUCUCGGAAUUGGGCAGAUGACAGCUACAAUCAUCAUUCUAUAUGUUGCCAAAAUGAACAAAGCCAUCCAUUUUCAGGACUUUGACAAAAGUAUUCCUGGAAAGAUAUUUCCUUUACCACUGCUGUAUGUGGGGAAUCACGUGAGCGGACUGGGAGGAACUCAGAAACUCAGCUUACCCAUGUUCACUGUGCUCAGAAAAUUCACCAUUUUACUCACAAUGAUGAUGGAAUCCAGGAUACUGAGGAAAAGCUUCGCUCCGCCGCUGGUGUGCAGUGUUUUGGCUAUAGUCGUGGGCGCUCUGGUGGCAGCCAGCUCGGACCUGUCCUUCAAUGCAGAAGGAUACACGUUUGUUCUGCUAAACGACGUCUUCACGGCCGCCAGUGGAGUUUACACCAAGAAGAAACUGGGGAUGGAGGGUCUUGGUAAAUAUGGGGUUUUGUUUUAUAACGCUUUUAUCAUUAUUAUCCCAACGGUCCUGGCAAGCGCUUACACCGGAGAUUUAGAGAAGGCUCUAACCUUUGAAGGAUGGAUGUCUGUUACGUUCGUAUUUUAUUUUUUAUUGUCUUGUGUCAUGGGGUUUAUUUUGAUGUAUUCGAUCAUCCUCUGCAGUUAUUAUAACACGGCACUAACCACCACAGUCGUUGGGGCAAUUAAAAACGUUGCUGUGAUGUAUAUCGGCAUGUUCAUUGGUGGAGACUAUAUCUUCUCAUGGACAAACUUCAUAGGCCUGAAUAUAUGUAUCUCGGCUGCUCUGAUUUACUCCUACAUCACGUUUCACAGCAGCGGCUCCUCAGAAACAAACGUCAAACCGGCAGAAGACAAACUGAGCAUUCACAUCACUGAGAAUCAUCUGGAGAAAACAUGAUGCUCUGCCACUCGCAUGCAUGUGCAUUUCAGUCUUUACUGCCGUUUUAUUGAAUGCAAUAUUUAAAAACCCCUCGCUGCUCGAAAACCACUUCAGUUUCCCUUGUGUAGUUCAUUUAAAUAAACACAAAUGCAUCAACCAGGAA